AUGGAGGAGAACCGCGUUUUCCGCUUCCCCCGGCCCGCGUGGCUGAACAGUGCCAACACGCGCACCUUGGGCGUCUACACGGCCGGAGCCAUGUUUGCGCUCGGCUUCUACUCGCUCAUCGACGUGGCCGUGUGGUCCAAGUCGAUCAAGAACCCCUCGGACCCGCCCGUGCACGUCACCUUCAUCGACUGGAUACCGGGCAUCUGCUCGGCGCUGGGCAUGCUCGUCAUCAACUCGAUCGACAAGUCGCGUCUGUCGGCCGACAGCUUCUCCUACAGCGGCAACGGCGUGGCCUGGAAGGCGCGGCUGGUGCUGUUCCUGGGCUUUGCGCUGCUGGCCGGGGGGCUGGCGGGGAGUGUCGUCGUGCUCGUCAUGAAAUACAUUGUGCCCGGCUAUGUUUGGCCGACCAUCUGGAUGGGCGCGGGCAACGUGGUGGCGAAUGCCCUGAUCAUGCUGAGCUCGGCAACCCUCUGGAUUGCGCAGAACAUGGAGGACGAGUACGCGUACAACCUGGCGCUUUGA